CCAAGCCGUCGCAUGAUUAUUACGUCACACAAGGGGUCCUUCAUCAAACGUGUGUCGCCCCACGUGAGUCUAUGAACAGGCUGAUGGCUGCUCGCAUACAAGCUGAAUAAUCUAUAGAGUUGUGGGAUUUAAGGAAGCGAUAAACGGAAAACAAUGGCAACCGUGCGGAAGAAGGUUGACAACCGGAUUCGUGUCCAGAUCGAGAAUGGCGUCGCUCUCCAGCAUCGUACGAUGUUUGUGGUGGUGGGAGACCGUGGGCGAGAUCAGGUGGUGAUUCUGCAUCACAUGCUGUCCAAAGCCAGCGUUCGAGCCCGACCGUCUGUCCUGUGGUGCUACAAGAAAGAACUUGGCUUCAGCAGCAAUCGUAAGAAGCGGAUGAAGCACCUGCAGAAGAAAAUAAAAAGCGGCACGCUGAAUCUGAAUCAGGACGACCCUUUUGAGCUUUUCAUCGCCGCCACCAACAUUCGCUACUGCUACUACAACGAGACGCACAAGAUACUCGGGAACACGUUUGGGAUGUGCGUCUUGCAGGACUUUGAAGCUCUGACUCCCAAUCUUUUAGCCAGAACCGUUGAGACCGUUGAAGGCGGCGGUAUUGUGGUCAUAUUACUGCGUUCUAUGAACUCGCUUAAGCAGCUGUACACAAUGACCAUGGAUGUCCACGCUCGAUACAGGACUGAGGCCCACCAGGAUGUGGUUGGAAGAUUCAACGAGAGGUUCAUUCUGUCCCUUGCCUCCUGCAAAAACUGCGUCGCUAUCGAUGACCAGCUCAAUAUCCUACCCAUCUCCAGCCACAUGGCCAACAUCAAGCCAGUUCCUCCAAAGACUCGGGAAGAUGGUUUGCCUCCACAAGAACAGGAGCUGAAGGACCUGAAGGAGUCUCUUCAGGACACUCAACCUGUGGGUGUUUUGGUGGAUAACUGCAAGACUAUGGACCAGUCCAAAGCGGUCCUGAAGUUCAUUGAAGCCAUCUCGGAGAAGACCCUCAGAAGCACUGUGGCUUUGACGGCUGCUCGUGGCCGAGGCAAGUCUGCAGCCUUGGGUCUGGCAGUUGCUGGAGCCGUGGCCUUUGGCUACUCCAACAUCUUUGUAACAUCACCCAGCCCAGACAAUCUCCACACCAUGUUUGAGUUCAUCUUUAAAGGCUUUGAUGCUCUCCUGUAUCAGGAACAUCUGGACUACGAAAUCAUCCAGUCACUCAAUCCGGAAUUCAACAAAGCGGUUGUGCGGGUGAACAUCUUUAAAGAGCACAGACAGACCAUCCAGUACAUCCAUCCAGGCGACGCCGUCAAACUGGGCCAGGCUGAGCUUCUGGUUAUUGAUGAAGCUGCAGCCAUCCCACUACCGCUGGUCAAGAACCUGUUGGGACCAUAUCUGGUUUUCAUGGCCUCCACCAUCAACGGCUACGAAGGCACCGGACGCUCCCUCUCGCUCAAACUGAUUCAGCAGCUGAGACAGCAGAGUGCGGACAGCCAGCAGAGCAUGUCGGCGGAGAACAGGAACACCAACACGGCCAGGCUAGCAGCAGCUCGUACUCUACAUGAGGUCAGCCUCCAUGAGUCCAUUCGGUACGCGCCAGGCGACGCGGUGGAGAAGUGGCUCAACGAGCUGCUCUGCUUGGACUGUCUGAACAUUCCCAGGCUCGUAUCCGGAUGCGCGCUUCCUCAAACCUGUGACCUGUACUACGUCAACAGAGACACGUUGUUUUGCUACCACAAGGCGUCUGAAGCCUUCCUGCAGAGGCUGAUGGCCCUUUACGUGGCGUCCCAUUACAAGAAUUCCCCCAAUGACCUGCAGAUGUUGUCCGACGCUCCGGCCCAUCACCUCUUCUGUCUUCUACCGCCUGUUCCUCCCACGCAGAACUCGCUGCCCGAGGUCCUCGCCGUGGUGCAGGUGUGCCUUGAGGGCGAAAUAUCCCGACAGUCCAUCCUCAACAGUCUCUCCAGAGGGAAGAAAGCAUCCGGUGACCUGAUUCCGUGGACCAUAUCGGAACAGUUCCAAGAUCCUGACUUUGGUGGCCUGUCUGGAGGGAGAGUGGUCCGGAUAGCGGUGAACCCGGACUACCAAGGGAUGGGCUACGGCUCACGAGCGCUCCAGUUGCUGCAGAUGUACUACGAGGGCAAGUUCCCGGUUCUGGAUGAGAGCUGCGACGUCGACCACAGCCAAAUUACCCCAGUCAGCAGCGAGGCCGUCACGCUCCUGGAGGAGGUGGUGACUCCUCGCAAGGAGCUCCCUCCUCUGCUGCUGAAGCUGAGUGAGAGACGAGCCGAGCGGCUGGACUAUUUAGGCGUCUCCUACGGCCUCACCACGCCGCUACUCAAGUUCUGGAAGAAAGCAGGAUAUACGCCCGUCUACCUGAGACAAACACCUAACGACCUGACGGGUGAGCACUCGUGUGUGAUGGUGAAGGAGCUGACGUCCGAAGGAGAGGAACGCCAGUGGCUGACCGCGUACUGGAAAGAUUUCCGCAGGCGCUUCCUGUCGCUGCUCUCCUACCAGUUCAGCAGCUUCCACCCCAGCCUGGCGCUCAGCAUCCUGCAGAACAGGAACGUCAAGGAGACGGCGAGCGGUGCGAGCAGCUCGCAGCUGGCGGUCCACUUCAGUCCGUACGACCUCAAACGUCUGGAGUUGUACUCGCGCAGCAUGGUGGACUACCACCUCAUCAUGGACCUGGUCCCCACCGCGGCACGCAUGUUCUUCCUCCAGCAGCUGGGGGAUGUCUCCCUGUCGGCGGCCCAGUGUGCCCUGCUGUUGGGCGUCGGACUUCAGCACAAAUCGGUGGACCGGCUGGAGAAGGAGAUCAACCUCCCGAGCUCGCAGCUCAUGGGGCUCUUUAACCGCCUGGUGCGCAAAUUUGUGCAGGUUUUCACCAGCAUUCAGGAAAAGGCCAUUGAAGCAGACAUGGCGGCGGCCAAGGACGUCACCAUGGAGCCCACAGCCCGAAGCCUUCAGGAUGAUCUGGAAGCCGCAAAGGAGUUUGAGGAGAAACACAAACAGGAGAAAGAGAAAGUGAAAGAACUUGACCUGGAAGAGUACAGGAUCCGUGGACACGAUGAGGAAUGGGAUGAGGUGCUGAAGAAAGCUGGGAGCACGGCCAUGGUCAGCAUCAAAAGUGAUAAGAAGAGGAAAUUGGAGGCGGCGGGUAACGGUCUGCGGCCCGGGAAGCAAACAAAGAAGGAAGCACAGGACGGGAAAUUCAAGAAGCAAAAACGUGGCAGAUCUGGAAAGAAGGGAUUCAAGUGAUGGAUGUGGAGUUAAUCACAUUUAAUCACAUUUAAUCACAUUUAAUCACAGGCAUGAUUCAAGUGUUUAUCAUGUUUGCUCUGCUCAUAGUGUAAUAAUACUUAAGUGUUUUCACUUUUUACAAUGUUAGUCUGAGAUUUGUAUAUAUACAUACACGGGUACAUGUAUGUACUAUAUAUGUAGUAUAAAAAAUGUUAGUAUUUUCCCUUUACUAUAACAUGAGGUAAGCGUCAGCUGCCGCCGAUCUAAAACGGCUCAGUUGAGCACACGAGGCUGUAAUUCGCUCCACUUUUGUCUGAGCUGCUGCUUGACGCUGUCCGGUGCGAAGAUGCAGUCGAUGGCCUGCUGGGAGAGCGUCCACACGGCGUCGUGGUCCAGACCAAACGUGGUUGCCGCCAGCUGGUAUUCCUGAGACAAAUCCGUGCUGAAGACUCCCUUGUCAUCAGUCUGCGAUGGGAACAAUGAAACACGUUUUUUUUUUUUAACAAAUGUUGUCAGCGGAAUAUUAAAGAGGCGCGUGUGAGCGCUCUUGUGCUAAAAUGUUAAAACGUGACGAUAGUCGCCAUCGAGACAAAAGCUGUGAUUGAUCUGUGCUUUCCGUACACAAUAAACCUUGCAAUUUUAUUAUUAAGGGAGAAAAAAAUAAUUUUGUUAUUAAAAUUAAGUUCAUUAUUAAGGGAGAACAAAUA